UACUAUCAUGGUUAUGUUGUGGAAAAGUUUGAUCGUACCAGGUCGCGAUUGCUGCACUGUUCAAUCCAGGCCGUGGCCCUGGUCACCUUCCUGCAUUUAGGUUGCAAACACUGCGCAAAUCGGUUCGUUUCGGGUGCUUGAUCGCCAGGGGAUGGUGAAUUUGUCUUCGCAGAGACGGUGCGCGGUUAGGCCUGUGAAUGCAGAGCCGAAGCGUAAUGAUUCUAUGGUUCCUCAGGCUGCGGCAACAACCGUUGUUCCGGAGAUGUCGGAGAAAGUAGAGGCGGAGGAUUACGAGCGAUUGGCCAAGGAGCUUGAAAAGGCUUCUCCCUUAGAAAUCAUAGAUAAAGCUUUGGAGAAAUUUGGAAAUGACAUCGCUAUUGCUUUCAGUGGUGCAGAGGAUGUUGCUUUGAUUGAGUAUGCAAAGUUAACUGGUAGACCAUUUAGGGUGUUCAGCCUGGAUACAGGGAGGUUAAACCCGGAAACAUAUCAGUUUUUUGAUCAAGUUGAGAAGCACUAUGGAGUCCAUAUAGAGUACAUGUUUCCUGAUGCUGUUGAGGUUCAGGCUUUAGUGAGGAGCAAGGGUUUGUUCUCAUUUUAUGAGGAUGGGCACCAGGAAUGCUGCCGUGUGAGGAAAGUGAGGCCCCUGAGAAGAGCCCUUAAGGGCCUGCGUGCCUGGAUCACUGGUCAAAGGAAGGAUCAAUCUCCAGGUACUAGGUCUGAGAUCCCAGUGGUCCAGGUGGAUCCAGUUUUUGAGGGCAUAGAUGGUGGCAUUGGGAGCUUGGUGAAGUGGAACCCAGUGGCAAAUGUUGAUGGUAAAGAUAUUUGGAACUUCCUCAGGGCAAUGAAUGUGCCUGUAAAUUCACUGCAUUCCCAGGGAUACGUCUCAAUUGGAUGCGAGCCCUGCACAAGGCCUGUUCUUCCAGGACAACAUGAGAGGGAAGGAAGGUGGUGGUGGGAGGAUGCCAAGGCCAAGGAAUGUGGCCUCCACAAAGGAAAUCUGAAACAAAAUGGUGCAGCUCAUCUCAAUGGUAAUGGAAAUGGUGCUGCGUAUGCCAAUGGAACAGCUACUGAAAGUGACAUUUUCAACAGCCAGAAUUUGGUUACGCUGAGCCGGCCAGGAAUAGAGAAUUUGGCUAAAUUAGAGGACCGAAGAGAGCCAUGGAUUGUUGUGCUUUACGCUCCAUGGUGCCGCUUCUGCCAGGCAAUGGAAGCAUCCUAUGUUGAAUUGGCUGACAAACUUGCGGCAUCUGGGGUGAAGGUCGGAAAGUUUAGAGCAGAUGGUGACCAGAAGGAGUAUGCAAAGAAAGAGCUGCAACUCGGAAGCUUCCCCACAAUACUCUUCUUCCCAAAACACUCAUCAAAGCCAAUUAAGUACCCCUCAGAAAAGAGGGAUGUUGAUUCAUUGAUGGCUUUCGUGAAUGCACUGCGGUGAUGCGGACCAACUAUUUCUUGUCCAAUUAUCGUUUGACAGAUAUAUGAUCCGCUUGAUUCCAUUCUCCGAAUCAAUUUUAUGAAUUUAAAAGGAGGUUGGGGUUUACCGGUAGUAUACAUUGGAAUCAGUAGAGCUUAGUUGCUGCAUCUAGGUCAGCACCCAUGGCUUCAAAAUUUGCCUGGGUGUUCUUAUGUAAUUGGAAGGUGGAAACUGAUUGUUCCUUUGUCAUCAUGCAAAGUGUACAAGUCUUCUUCUCGGUUAGAGUUUUGCUUCCUUGUUUUUGUAGAUUAAUCAUUGGUUGGAGACUUGGAGUCUUAACAUCCAUGGAUGGAAGCAGAGACUGCAGAGCUAUAAUUAUAUAUUGUAUGAUUCUUCACAAAUUUCUUUGAAACUCAUGCAUUCGUUUGCCCUUUUGCUCGAUCAUGAAGGUAACAUUGAAAAAAUUUUGAGCUUAGUGAAAACAAAAAUAAAAGGACAAGAAGACU